AUGCUACCAUCAACACUUCGAUCCAUAGUGCUUCUACUGGGAGUAGCACUUCCAGUCUUUGCCCAAAAUCGACCACUCUGGUGGGAAGAAUGUGAUCCUCCUCGGGAGAACACACAAUGUGCUAUGCACAGUGACAUCCUCGACUAUAACAGAAAUUAUGGCAUGUUUACCAAAGUCGCAGUGAUGCGCAUCCGCUCAAAAUUGAAGAAGCCCAAGGCUGCUGUAUUUCUUCCCAGUGGGCCUAGACGAUCCGGAAUCAACCUUCUAAAGCAAUAUCUUGAUGACCCAUCGCAUCAUGUGCACGAACUCCUCGAACAGUACGAUUUAGUAGGCAUGGACCCUCGAGGCUCAGGACAGAGUCUACCAAUGAAAUGCAACGCAACUCUAUGGAAUCGCCGAGCGCCCUCUAUGGUCAAGGAUGAGGUAGAAUUUGUUGACAUGUAUUACCACUGGAAGGAGGUUGGAGAAGCCUGCAAAAAGAUGACGGGCCGAUUAUUUGACAAUAUGGACACCCGGUCGAUUUCCCUGGACAUGGACAGCAUACGAUAUAACAUGUGGUUCAACAUAGAUCAGGAGAUACACUUGAUUGGUAAUUCUUACGGGUCGCAUAUUGGCAUCACCAACUUGGAAAGGGCUCUCCCUUAUGCCGGCCGGAUUGUGUUGGACGGGAUUGUAGAUCAUACACAUGAUCCAAUGGCAGUCAUGCAAGCAGAAUCCGCUUCUUUCGAAAUGACGCUCAGGCAUUUCUUCAAGUGGUGUCAAGAAGAUGCGUCUUGUGCACUACAUGAUCAGAACGAUGUUGAGGAUUUCUUCAAGCAGCUGGUGGCCAAGUUCGAAGCCGCGCCAAUCCCAGCACCAAAGUGCCAACAGACUGGCGAAGGAGCAUGUCGAUCUGACGUCAGCUUGGAAGAGAUGAUGACGGCUUUACAACGAGAUCUGGGACCAGGGCAGCCCGGAUGGGGUUCCUUAGCUACCAACCUCUUGGCAGCAUCCCAAGGCGAUGCGUCUGCCUUUUCGAUGCCCUGGUUUACAAACGAUACCGAUCCUUCGGGAACAUGGGCUACACUUGCUACUGGCUGUCUGGAUUGGCAACACGCCAACGAUUAUCUUGAGCUCCAAGCCGCUCAGCGUACGUUGAGAAUACUUUCGCCACUCACGCGUGGAUACUCUCAGAGCUACAGUUUCUUUUCCAGAUGCAUUUCAUGGCCGUUACCAAAAGAGGGAGUACUAUUUAAGAACCAGCCAAUAAUUCCCGAUUAUAUCAACAAACUACAUCCAGUAUUGAUGAUCAGCUCAUUCCUGGAUCCUAUAACCAGCGCUCAGAACGCGAUCAACCUACGUUCAAUUAUGCCAGAGGCAGUGCUCGUAUUCAAGAAUUGGACUGGUCAUAUAACCUAUAAUACGCCUGGAGAAUUGGCCAAGAUGGUGAACAACUAUAUACUGACAGGCGAGAUGCCCGAUGAUGGAACGGUAUAUCAAUCUUAG